AUGUAUGCCCAACUUUUCUGGACAUAUGUCAACCUGGUGGCUAACUCAUCAAGAGAGGAUUUUUACGCCCGAAAAAGGGUCGGUGUCGAAAACGAGGCUUUCGAUGUGGAGAAUGAGAGUUAUUAUUACAUCGACUGGGUGAGUUCGCUAGUUUUUCCCGGGGUCGAUAGGGAGCAAGAGAUGGCAGCCAUGGUUUCGGCUUUGGCUCGUGUGGUGGCCGGAGAUGUGGCGGCCGAUGGCAGCUGUUCUUCGUCUCCAUGCAGCAAAAGGGCACGUGAUGAUGAUUGUUCUGAAAAUUAUACUGAUUUUGCCAUUGGGAGUUCUUCAAACUUGGGACCAUCAUCAUCUUUAGAGACCAUCAAUUCAAGUCAAAUCAGGUCAACCAUCAUAACCUCACCAAACUCGAUCUACACUUACACUCCAACUCAUCCUCAAGAAGCCGAAAACGCCUCGUCAAGAGGGAACCGAAAGUACAGGGGCGUGAGGCAGAGGCCGUGGGGCAAGUGGGCAGCCGAGAUUCGGGACCCGAACAAGGCUGCCCGUGUCUGGCUCGGCACCUUCGACACGGCCGAGGCCGCUGCCCGAGCAUACGACGAGGCUGCCCUCCAUUACCGGGGCAACAAGGCCAAGCUCAAUUUUCCCGAAAAUGUUCAGCUCCUUCAUUCUAACGACCGGCUGCCCGUUGGCAACACGGUCUCGACUCCUGCAGAGCAUCGGGGGCAAUUUGGUAAUAUUGGGUUUCAGGGGCAGUUUAGUAAUUUUGACCUAGGGCGCGCGGGGCCUGAGUUGAUGAUGGGUUAUGAUACUUCCAGCUUCCAAUCUUAUGGGCCUGAGUUGAUGAUGGGUUAUGAUACUUCCAGCUUGCAAUCUUAUGCACCGGCGGCCGAUGCUUAUCGUGUGGAUUUUCCGGCAGCUGAGCAGCCACCUGAGGUGGAUGUCCGGCGGGCGAGCCGGCGAGGUUUUUCGAGGAUGGUUACCCAUCAUCAGACUUCAACUUCUGGAUGA